AUGCGACCCAGCACAAGGCUCGCGCGCCAAUACUCCAUCACCCAUAGCCUCUUCCGACAUGACUACGAAAUCCUUUCAGAUGGCAAUCACAUGUUCCACGUGGAUAAUUCCCAAUUAACACCGGGCAAACCAGACUUGACGUUCCACGAGGGUCCGGACACCAAAGGGCCCAUUGUGGGAGUUUGCAAAUAUCGUCACUUUUCCUCCGAUGCCAUCAUCGGCCUCGGCGACCCCAGCCGCCCCUCCAUGAAUUGGGAACAUCUCAGUCGCGAAAGUAUCUUCUCCUCCCGCUAUUCUUUUCGCGCAAAAGUAGACGAUCGCACCUGCACUUUCACCUGGCGACGUACUCAUUCCAUGAGAGGCGGAACCUUGGAACUUGUACAAGAGGCCACGCGUGAUAUCAUUGCGGAAUUUUCGUCAGGCACCACUUUUUCGAAGAAGGCGGGUCAAUUGGAGAUUUACAAAAGUUAUGGCGACCAGUUUGCCCUGUUGGUACUUAUUACGGGGCUCGCAUUACGGGAAAAACUCAGACGCCGAACCAAUUCGGCUGCGGGGGCCGCGGGGGCCGGUGGAGGUGCAUGA